AUGGGCGGAUCUGGCCGUCGCGGCACAGCGCCGCCCCAGCCCCGUCCACCCCGGCCCCGCCCGCCUCCGCCCCGCCCCGCCCGCCUCCGCUCCGGCCUCCGCCCAUACCGCACGUUGCCGCCCCGCUCCGUCCACCUCCGCCCCGCCCCGCAUGCCGCCACCCGCUCCCCGCUCGGCCGCCGCCCCAACCUCUCUCCACCCGCCCCCGCCCCGACUCGCUCCGGCCGCCACCGCCACCCAAUGGCGCCGAAGGGCAAGUCGGGUUUCUUCGGCGUGAGGGCGAAGCCCUCCGGGAACUUCAGCAUGGAGUUCUCCGACGUCGGGCGGCGUAGGUGGCUCGACACGUAUCCCACCGCCGAUGAGGCCGCGCGUGCCUACGACGUGGCGGUGUGGCGUGCCGGACGGCCGAAGACGGACCUCAACUUCCCGGAGAUCGAGACCCGGGCGAUGGCGGAGUGGCUCGUGCCGUAG